AUGGAUAUUUUAUGGCCAAAGAAACUUUAUACAUUUUGUAAAAAGAAGUCUAUAAACUACUGCCGAAUUGUUUCUACAUUAAGAGGUGCAAAUGUCUGCUCUGAUAACAUUCUUAUUAGCAAAAAGAGCGCGAUCGUUCUACUAGGACUGGCACCUGGUGAGGAGAUUUUCACUGAUGGGACAGAUGGUAAUUUUACGCUGGAGCAGAUAGGAAUACUGAAAGUUAACGAAGCUAGAGAAAAUAUGCAAUGUAUUGGCCUUUCCUUCAGUGAUGUCAAGACUACGGAUUGUGACAAUAGUCUUGCGAAAUUACUUGUCUGCAGAGCGGACGCUGGUAUCAAUGAAAACCGUCGGGGUCGUUACGGUUUGUUUUCUCUAUGCUCUUUCGUUCUUUAUGCUUUUCCAAUUGGUUUUGAAGAGAAAAGAAUUGUGGGAGGUGAAUGCCCCGAUGCGCCUAAGGGCGGGAAUGAUCAAUUUAUUAGCAGAUUGGUGUUAGUCACUAACAGUACUACCAAGUACUGCAUUCAUGAGGCUAAUUAUCAUAAAACCUCAGCUCUAUGGUUUAAUGAUGGUGAAAAGUUCUGCCAGGAAACGUUCAAAGGCCAUCUUUUGUCGGUGAAUAAUAGAGAGGAAGACGCUUUUUUACGCGGGAUUUUGCAUCCGCCAUUUACUUCAAAAAAGGAGUCGCGAGUACUGCUAGGAUUAUUGGCUUACAAAAGCGAAUUGCUGGACUUCACAGAUGGUAGCGAUGGAGGAUAUGUAUUUAAACAAGCUCUUAUCGAAGAUCCAACUCUUUUGCAUCAAAUACAUAAUAUACCAGCUCUCUGUUUUGCAAUGGUCAGAGACUAUGAGGCCAAGAAAGAUACUUAUACUGUACAUAAUUGCAUAGGGUCUCAAACCAAAGUAGUCUGCAAAUCAAAAUACCCGUUAAAAGAACCAGCUACGGAGAAGUGUGAAGUUUACAUGCGCAUAUGGCGUCUUCAACGACUUACAAAAAGCCCACUGCAGUUCUUUCUUCGUGACACAAAUGUUAGCCGAAUCGCCACAUGUGUUAUCCCUCAAUUAGACAAUUUUUAUGUGUACGCAUCUUUAGUGAGUGCUAAAAACGGAAAAUCUUUUUACUGCUUGUACGACAUUGAUCCAGUGGGUUUCUUUAAUGUAACAGAAGCCGAAUUUAUUUGUCAGAGAGACUUUAGUGGUCACUUGCUCACUGUUAGCGAUCGGUACGAGAUGAGUUUUUUAAGUGAUCGCCUUUUUGAGCCUUUUGGAGUUGGUAGAGGCUUAAAAGAGCUGGAUUUUCUUCCACUCGGUGCCAUUCGAAAAGAUGAUAUAGUAGUUAGUACCAGUGAUACCGAUGUUCAGUUCAUUGGAAACAGGGAAUUAAAUGAAAUUGGUACCUUAGAUGACGGAGGCGACUGUUUCACAUUAGCAAGGCAUUAUGGCAGUUUAAGAAAUACAAUAUAUGCUGCUGACUGCGGAAGAAAUUACAAACGGUUCGCGUGUAAAAGGACUGUAGAAGAUGACAACUCUUUAGUAUUUGCUGAUGACCCUGAAAAGAGGGGGUUUAUGGCAAUGCUGUGGGAUGGAAUUCAAUCAUCUGGUCCUGCACUACUAGUUAUGGCAACCUUUGCUGUAUUCAUUGGAGCGGUUUGCUUCGCCUUAUAUCAAUACUGGUUGAUGGCACCGAGAAGGCCAAGGAGGAAGCAUCUACGUAAAACCGUUACUACAUAUGAUGCGGUAACAGAACCAUCAGAGUACUCGCCAGUCGCAGCGGCUGCCACUUCACCUACUGUCAAAACAGCGGAAUCACCUACGGAAACCGAAUUUGGAGGGACUACAGGAAGCGAUUUUGCGACAGACUUGUUCGAAAGUAGUCCCGGUCCUUCCCCACCACCAGUACCAGAUUCUUCAUCAACAACUUUUGGCGAGGUUGGAGCUCCAGCUCCUCCGCCUCCUCCUGGUGAUUCUUCUACAGUGAGCAAUGGAGCUGGUCCUCCUCCUCCUCCACUGCCUUCGGCUGCCGCCUCCUCACCAUCACCAGCUCCUCCAGUACCUCUGUCUCCCCAAGAACCUCCGCCACCUCCACUGUCGCCAACUGAACUACCUAAAUCUGCAGCCGCACCUCCACCUGCACCACCUCCUCCACCACUUUAA